ACCAUAAAUUCAGUUGUUUUUGAUAAUUUUUCCCAAAAGAAUUAAUUAAGUGAAUUAACCAGGACAUUGAUAGAAGACCGAAGGAAAAGCUACUGAAAAUCUAAGCAAACAUCAUAAGUUGUCGCUCAGAUUAAUUUGCAAAAUAUUUCAAAUAAUCUCUGGACAAGGAGAAUGUUUAUCGUAUAUGGAUUAUGUCUAUCGUUUAAGAGCCUAUUUAAAUGCAUAUAUGUGAGCUGAGUGGCAUAAAAGUGAAAGUUUUGAAAACCGUUGAAGAGUGAGAAUAAGCAAUUAUUGAACAAUUGAGAGCUCAAUACUCAGCUUGAAAUUUAGUAGCAAUAAAAAAUGGCAUCAGUGGGAUUUAAAGAGCCAGAAAAGCCACAUAAGGCUUCGUUAAACUUUUCAUUGCCACUUGACAGCAUGGAUGAAGGGGAUGAUGAUCUGAAUCAGCGAAUCGAGGACUUUAAAUAUCAUAAUAAAGACGAUGUGGACGAGCUUAGAAAAUGUAUACAUGAGGUGCUAUGUGAAGCGGAAAAAACAGUGCAGGAGCGACUUGAUAGGAAGGCGAGUGAGGAAGCGAGAGAAAAGAAUUUGAACGCAUUCAUGUCAGGUUUGAAGGAUAAGAAUAAGAGAGUAGUUACACGCGCACGAAGUCUCGCCCGCAGUCUUAUAGAUACAAUUUGUAAUUGUACAAACAAUGUAUCAAAUCCAAUAGCAACGGCAGCAACGCGAUUAAGACGACAACAAACAACAUUCGAGCGUACGGAACGCAGUGCUAGUACACCAAGGCAACAGACAAGAUUUCAAGAUUAAUGUGGACCAUAAUAAAUUACCAUCUUAAUAAUCU